UUCUCUCUCUCUUCCCCGUCUUCCUUCCGCCGAAGCGGAAACUGAAGAUAUUAAUAACAAAUUUCCGGCGUCGGCCAUUUUCGACUCCCCACCAAUCCAACGCAUCCCCUCCGUCUCUCUCCGACUCCAACUUCCUCUCUCUCUCUCUCUCUCGCAAUCUCUCGCGCGAACGCGUCGUUGCCGAGCCGAGCCGAGCCGAGCGCAGCGCCCGCGGCAAUCGGCUCAGAAGCAGCUCCCGGAGGGGGGAAGGAGCGAGGAGGGAUCGACGCGGGGGGGACCGGCCGUUUUCUCGCUAGGGGCCGAUGGCUUGGAGGCGCCUGCUCACCGAGGUUUUAAGGCAUGAAUCAGGGUUUGGGAAGCUUAAAUAUUCACUCGCUAGACCAAACCAUUUUGUCACAGCUUCGAGAGUAGGUAGAGGAAAUUUGCCUGCAGGAGCACAAGGGAGGUUUCAGUCAAGCUAUGUUGGUCAUCUAGCUCGGAGAGUGCGUGACGCAGAUGAAGCAAGUGAGGUUGCCCAUCUUAAAGAACUUUACCACAGGAAUGAUCCUGAAGCAGUUAUUAGACUUUUCGAAAGUCAACCAUCUUUGCACUCCAACCCCUCAGCACUUGCUGAAUAUGUUAAGGCAUUGGUUAAAGUUGACAGGCUAAACGAGAGUGAGUUAUUGAAGACUCUGCAGAGAGGUAUUGGUACUUCUGCUAGGGAGGAAGAAGGUAUUGGUGCAUUUUCAGCUUUCAAGAAUGUGGGGAAAUCUACAAAAGAUGGUAUUCUUGGGACGGCAGGUGCUCCUAUACACAUGGUGGCUGCAGAAGGAGGGCAUUUUAAAGAGCAGCUGUGGCGUACAAUACGUACAAUUGCGUUGGCCUUUCUCUUGAUUUCUGGGGUUGGAGCUCUUAUUGAGGAUAGGGGUAUAAGUAAAGCAGGACUUGGUCUUCAUGAAGAAGUGCAACCAAGCAUGGAAUCCAGCACAAAGUUCAGCGAUGUAAAGGGUGUUGAUGAGGCAAAGGCUGAGUUAGAAGAAAUUGUUCACUAUCUUCGAGAUCCAAAGCGUUUCACACGUCUUGGUGGUAAGCUUCCAAAAGGUGUUUUACUUGUUGGACCACCUGGUACUGGUAAGACUAUGCUAGCAAGAGCUAUUGCUGGAGAAGCUGGAGUACCUUUUUUUUCCUGCAGUGGCAGUGAAUUUGAAGAGAUGUUUGUUGGUGUUGGAGCUCGGAGGGUGAGAGAUCUUUUUUCCGCUGCAAAGAAACGGUCUCCUUGUAUUAUAUUUAUAGAUGAGAUAGAUGCAAUUGGAGGAAGCCGUAACCCGAAGGACCAGCAAUACAUGAAGAUGACUUUGAAUCAACUACUUGUUGAGUUGGACGGUUUCAAACAAAAUGAAGGGAUUAUUGUGAUCGCUGCUACAAACUUUCCAGAGUCAUUGGACAAGGCACUGGUGAGACCUGGACGGUUUGAUCGACAUAUUGUUGUCCCCAAUCCUGAUGUUGAAGGGCGGAGACAGAUUUUGGAGUCCCAUAUGUCAAAGGUCCUGAAGGCAGAGGAUGUUGAUCUGAAGAUUAUUGCGAGAGGAACACCUGGAUUUUCGGGUGCUGAUCUGGCAAAUUUAGUCAACAUGGCUGCUCUGAAGGCUGCGAUGGAUGGUUCCAAAGCUGUCAGCAUGGCAGAUCUUGAGCAUGCGAAGGACAAGAUCAUGAUGGGAAGUGAAAGAAAAUCUGCUGUCAUCUCCGAUGAGUCAAGAAAACUUACAGCUUUUCAUGAGGGUGGACAUGCCCUUGUGGCUAUUCACACGGAUGGAGCUCUUCCAGUUCACAAGGCUACGAUUGUUCCCCGAGGCAUGGCUCUGGGCAUGGUUUCCCAGCUUCCUGAUAAGGAUGAGACAAGUGUCUCCCGUAAGCAGAUGCUUGCUAGACUUGAUGUUUGCAUGGGCGGGCGAGUUGCAGAGGAGCUCAUUUUUGGAGAGAAUGAAGUGACUUCUGGUGCAUCUUCUGACCUUCAGCAAGCUACUAACCUUGCCAGAACAAUGGUUACAAAAUAUGGCAUGAGCAGUGAAGCUGGGCUUGUAACUUAUAACUACUAUGGCAAGAGCAUGAGCACUGAGACUCGGCUUCUUAUUGAGAAAGAAGUGCAGCGGCUUCUUGACAGGGCUUACAACAACGCCAAGACCAUCCUUACCACUCGUAGCAAGGAACUCCAUGCGCUUGCUAAUGCUCUACUUGAGUUCGAAACGCUCUCAGGAAGCCAGAUAAACAAUCUACUUGCACAAGUCAAUUCUGAGCAGCAGCAUUUGCAACAGCAACAGCAGGUAGUUGGACAAGAGAACAGCUCUCAGUCCAACGCAGUGCCUCCUUCAACACCAAAUCCAGCUGCAUCUGCUGCUGCGGCAGCUGCGGCAGCAGCUGCGGCCGCCACUGCUGCUGCAAAAGCCAAGGGCAUUGCUCCUGUGGGAUCAUAGCCGGAAGGAGAGAAGCUUCAUUUCGGUACUGCAGAAAGAUUAGCAAGUGGUUUGUACGACAGAAUGAUUUUAAGAUCCUCAUAUGGUAUUUGGUCGAAGGCUCAUGCUGAAGGACUUCUCCAGAAUUUGUGCACCACUACUGACCGCAAAGGGGCAAAGUGGCAAAGUAGGUUACCAGGAUUUUUUUGGUACUCUGUUUUUGGAUGUGAAGAACAAUUCUGUUGGUACUGCAUUUAUAUGGUGCUUCACAACGGUAGAGACUAGAAAGGGUAGGGAAACCAUGCUUUGCUCAGAGAUUGGUAGCAUUUCGACUGUAUGACAGGAACUGCAAUUGAUCUCUCAUGGCACACUUGAGACCGAUCGAUCUCUUGAUUUAGGGAAGUUUUCUAAUCCGCGAAUAUCCCCUCAAGAUAGAAAGUCCCCUGUAUUCUCGAUUCAUAUCAGUACGCUCUGGGUAGACAAGGGAUUGGGAUUCCUUUUUUAUUUUUACUUUUUCCUUUUAGGACAUUCUUGUCUUGGCUAUAUCAGUAUAAAUAGUUUAUGUCUAGAGCCAAGUCUUCCUCUUUUUCUCA